AGUGUCGAAAUCGGGAGGGUUAGAGAAGAAUGGAGAUGAUGAUGAUGCAGGAGCAGGAGGAGGCGGCAGCAAAUAAAGCUGGAUCGGAGGUGUCUUCUCCAAACCAGACGAUUUACAUCAAUAAUCUCAACGAAAAAGUCAAGCUCGAUGAGCUGAAGAAGUCGCUAAAUGCGGUGUUCUCGCAGUACGGGAAGAUAGUGGAGGUGUUGGCGUUUAAGACAUUGAAGCACAAAGGGCAAGCUUGGGUUGUGUUCGACAAUCCUGAAUCUGCUUCCAAUGCUAUUUCCAAGAUGAAUGGAUUCCCCUUCUACGACAAACCCAUGAGAAUACAAUUUGCUAAAACGAAAUCAGAUGUUAUUGCCAAGGCUGACGGCACCUUUGUUCCUCGCGAGAAACGAAAGCGACACGAGGAGAAAGGUGGUAAGAAAAAGAAAGAGCAGCACCAUGAUAAUACACGUAUGCCCAUCCCACCAUAUCCUGGUGUCUAUGGAUCUGCCCCUCCUCUUUCGCAAGUACCAUACCCUGGUGGUGGUGGUGGUGGUGGUGGUGGUGGUGUCAAAAGCAAUCUUCCCGAGGCACCCGCACCCCCAAACAACAUCCUCUUUGUCCAACACCUUCCUCACGACACAACUCCUGAGAGGCUUCAGGAACUCUUCGGCAAUUACCAUGGCUUCAAGGAGGUUAGGAUGGUUGCUGCCAAGCCAGGUAUUGCUUUCGUUGAGUUUGCUGAUGAGAUGCAGUCUACCGCUGCUAUGCACGGUCUUGAAGGUUUCACCAUUCACCAAACCCCUAUGCACAUCACCUAUGCUAAGAAAUAAACCCCCUCCAUUUUGGAUUUUGGUGGGGUGCUACUAUUAUUAUCUCCCUUGUAUUCUGUCAAUGCUACUUCUUCUUUCUUCUCUUGUGUUAGAGAUUUUUUUUUUUCUUAGAAUAUAUUACAACUUUAAUCCAGUGUAAGAAAAGGUUUUAGUGGGCUUUUAUUGACCCAUUCAUCUUUAGCUUA